CAAUAUCAUCAAGUAGGAGCUCCUGCAUCAAAUUUUUCUUCGCAAUUUCAAUAAGAAGAACAGACUUCUACUUGUCCUCGUUUACAACAAGGCACGCUUCCCCUGCGCGUCUACAUCAGUCGGGACAAUUAGGAUAAGCCUUCGUCCCAAUAGUUUGGGUCACUCUCAACAUUGCGUUUCCGAUUAUCCUCGUACCACCUACUCUACUAGACGAUGGUGUACAUCGGCAAGUAUUUCCCCAUUCGUUUACCGAAGGAGGUUCGAGUGGAAAAUGGGAAACUUGCCUGUUGCCAGUUGUGCGUGCAACUUUUGGUCUUGUCGCUUUUGGCCUACCAGUUCAUUGAGGAGCGCAUGUACCUUGUUGUCCCUAUGACUGGACCACGAUAAGACUUUCAGUUUUUUUUAGAAGGGGACGUACGAAUCGAGCACUAGAUUCUUGUUGGGAUAAGUAUUCUCGUGUAAUUAGAAGAUAUAAAGACUCUAAUCUGUGAAUCCCACAGGGAUUCCCGAAUGCAUGGGCUGAAGUGACCGAAGCGAGUCAAGCGGCAAUCGACAAGGAUUACAAUGGUUUGAUUUGCAAAGGGGACGAUGCGUUCCUUUACAGGUUCUUUAACGUCCUUCUUGAAUCUAUUACUGCCCUUCAUCAACUAGACGUACGAGUACCUCCUUGCUACCAACUAGUAUCUCAAUGUUGUUUCCUUUUUUUUUACCAUCAUCUAGUACUAAGUAACUUCAUCUUGCUUUUUUUGAUGUCCUCCUUUUUUGUCAGCGCCAAGUGAUACUAGUUCCUUCUUGCUAUAUUUAUUUAAUUUGAUGUCUUGAUCAUGUACAUGCUCUGUGGUUUAGCAUCGUUGCUCACCAGGAGCUUUCUGUUCCUGGUCCUCUGAAGAAUGAUAUGGAUGAUAUGAAAAUGAAAAAGAACAACUGUAGCCUCUGUACUACUAUCACAAUGUGGUCAACAGCACCUCUAGUUGUACAGCUUGUCGCUGCUAGUAGUACUUCUUGUCAUAUAUUACAUAUUGCAUUGGUUGCCUUUCUGUUUCUUAUUCAUCUAGCUUUUCGCCAGCCUUUACCUUCAGGCAUUCGGAGAACUGGAAGCAUGGUAAGUAUCAGUGCAUCGAGACGCCUUCUGCGGAAGCCGGUUACAAGGUUGGAAAGCGCGAAAUUUAUUUUCCGACGUAUUAUCGCGAGACUGAAGCAAGGACGUCCUCAGGCGCAGGUGAGCGGUCUGGCUCUACUACAUCAAGAAAAUAAUAAUUCUUGGAUGCCCACGCGGUAGCUGCGAUCAGGUUCGUUUGUUCUUGACUUAGACAGUGGACUAGAGUACAUUGGGCGGAGUGAUAGGUGGGCCUUAUCCCCCUCACUAGCCUCCCCUAGUUAGGUCUCCGACGCGAGGCGUGCUGCAGAUCUAGACUCGUUCUCCCAAAAAUAUCGCCUUUUUGAGAGGGUGUAGGUCCCGCGACGCUCAAAGCACACAAAGACAGAGGAAAUUAGCCGGCUAAUUUCCCUCGAUAGUCGGGAGGUCGUUCGUAACCCUAUUAUCACUACACCAGGAAAAUAAUAAGUAUAUUAUCUUUAUCUUUAUCCGUGAUGUUAAUAGUGUUUAUUUUUGGUUUUCCUCUACUUCCUCGUUUGGUUUGUUUAGAGAAUAUGGGAAGCCUGUGUAGUACUAGUAGUCCGAGCAGUAGAUAUUAUGAUGACCCAAAAUGAGUAAUUUUUUUUGGACGAGACAGUGUUUCUAUGAUAUGCAACUACAAAAUUAUGAUCAAGGAAGAGCAUCAGCAUGUUCAAUAUGAUGAGUAUCACUUUUCUCAUGUACUCAGAACUCAUGAUAAAUCUUUACCCACGGGAACCAGGUUGUGCGGGGUUGUGUCCCACGGCGCUGCCAUGCAACAGUACAACAUUCGCGAACCCUCCAGCUUACAAUUUCGGCCAAGAAUGUGCCGCCGAUAAGUAUGUCCCCGGUAUGCCUGUGUGGCAGCAGUUACGGCUUCCACGACCCGUUUAAUUGACCAUCCAUAUCCAAGCAGAAGUACUUUUCUACCUUUGUAGUUGUUUUCGCCAUGCCAAGUCAUAUUAAGAUGAAAGUACAGGAAUGCGAAUGUAGUAGAGAUGGAUGAUGACUCUCUUUCUCUAAUUCGGAGCGGCGCAGACGUGGGGCAGUGGACCCCAACUGCUGUGCAAACGUGCACGUGCAAGAAGGAGACGCAUUUUUUAGUCGCUGGCGUGGCCUCGCGUGCGAUGGUUAAGGCUAGUUCUAUUUAAUCAAGAUUUUAUCUCGGUGAUCAUGUACUAGGACCUAGAUUUCGGUCGAUGCCCUCGACGUUGUCCUUACCAGUGAAAUCGUGCUUGUGUAUAUCAAAAUCAUAUUAUUGUGCAUAAGUUGUAGGAAUGAAUCUCAGAGGUCCUCGAUUUUUGGUUGUUCCUCUAAGAUGAGCUUCGAACACAUUUUCAAAGUGGAUUCAGACGAUAAAGAAGUGUCUGGUUCGUCCUCUGCAUCCAUAGCAGACGCAAACGAGAACGACAAUCAACUUCCUGUCCUGACCAUCAUCCUGCAAAAAAGCUCAGAUGGCCUCUACAAGGAGUUCGACUGCUACAGUGAAAAGUUAAGACUUCUUGUUCUAGUUGUAUGUAAAACUGCAGUACUACAACCCUAGGGGACUACUUGGAUGUUGUACUUCUAGUGAAUGAAAACUCUUCUGUAAGUAUACAGGCGACGAGAGGCGGUGGCGGAGGAGUACAAGCAGGAAUCGCUAGUGUAAUUGAGCACGACUUCUCAAAUGAAUCAAUAGCCAACGUAUCUUAACAAGUAAGUGCUACUUCUAAGGAGCAAAGCUCGGGACGCCGGUGCAGUAUCCAGUGAAGACGAAGGAAAGUGUCGCUUUGCGGAGAGUAAAACGACUGGUCAAGCAGAAACAAUUUGGAUGAGUCUUCGCGACUGGGUCUUUGCCGCCAGCUCUGGUUCCAUUUAAGAACUGAGAAGUAAAUUUAGAUGGAUACAUCAAGAAUCGUGUCGAUGCCUAAAGAGAAUCUAUUUUUCACUAUCAAUUUCAUCGUCUUCGUCUUUCGACGCUUACAACUAGUGAGCUGAGCUUGAGAUCAAAAAUAUUUUCAUGAGCAUGAAUCGUUUUCGUAUCCUAUGCGUCCAACAACAACUGUAGAUAACAUAAACUUUGCUAAUUGCUCGAUCUUACCGAACCUGAUGCGCGUAACCCUACAAUUUCUGGCAAUACUGCUGGGCCCACCACCUCUACUUGGAGGACAACUAGCGCGAAGUCUGCAGCGGUGCGACUCACUGGCGUGGAGGUACUCAUAUCCAUGGAGUACCUCUCACCUGCAUUCCACCACCUCCUCCCAUCUAUUAUGAUCCUGUUGAUGUUGAUGCUCCUCACAAAAAAGAAUUGAGUGCACUACUUAUUAGAUAACUACGUGUUUGAAGGUGAUAGACAGUGGACGGUACACACUAAAUAGGUGAGUGAUGAAAGCUGCGAGCGGCUCUUCUGGCUCCAUGAGAGAUUGUCGCAUUAGAUUUCUGAUCCUCUUAUAGAUUGAUCUAAAGAUGACUAACCGGUUACUUUUCCUUCGACUCUAUUCGCUCGAAUCAAUGUAGAGACUAUCUUCUAAGGAUCGCGUCGAAUUGGGCAGCGCAUACAAUGACCACAUGGUCGCAGUGGUGAAGCUCUCAGUUAAUUAAGGCUAUGCCCCUCGUCGAAAAUGACAUGUUAUCUUGGUUGAGUCUCAUGUUGAAUGAUCUACAAUCACUUCAAGAACAACUAGGGGUUCGCACCAAUGUUCAUCGGUGUAUGUAUCCUUACUUUACUUCUCAAAGGGAAAGAUUAUACGUCAAACUCAAAAAGGAUGAGACUCUCUAGGAGGAACUUAAUGGGUUGUAAGAUCUAAGUUAAUGACGCUAUGUGGACUGGUCUCCCGCAGGUAGCCUAUGGAAGUCCAGCGCCGUCGACAGUGACGGAUCCUAAUUUCAAUUAUGGCUUGGUAACAAGAGUAAUGCUGAGAUUCAUAAAUAGAUGUAACGUUUGAUUGUGAUUUUAGAAGUUCUACGUAGCAGAACGGUGGACCUCAUGGAGAACAUUGAAAGUCAAAAUAGAGGUUAUUGUAGUGUGAUUUGUAGUAGGAAGUUGAUCGCGUCGAUCUCGAUGAUAAUGAUGAUGCCGAAAGAGUUAGAGAUGCAUAGCCAUUUAGUUCUUUCCAGAUUCGAUCAACGGUGAUCUUCACGAAGAACGGCCACAACAAAGAAGGGCACAGCAUGUAUGAUACCAUUUCUAGAGGUCUAAGGUAGUCAGGGAACCUACCGCGAGCGGUACCACUACGGCAUCCGGUUUCUCUUUAUGACGAGUACGAGCUCAGCCUAUGGUGAAUUUUCGUGGGUCGACAUGCUCACUGCCUUAGCGGUCUUCAACAUUUACUACGCUAUGGCUGGUUCCCUUGUUGCUGUCUUCGCCCUGUCAGCUCUCGGCCAGCUCUCAGUGCAGUACAAGCGCGCACAACAGACCACACUAAACCUGCAAGCGGAAGCCAGCAACCACGCCCCAGCCAAGGUACAACCACUCCAAUUAUUCUUCUUUUUCCACAUCAAUCUUGUCCUUGUAGAUGUCAGACAUGGUCACGGACAGUGGUGCAUAUAUUUUUUGUUUUUCUCAAGAACCAAGAACAAACAUCCUCCUCCAAAUGCAACUUCAGAUUCUGGUAGCUGUUGGCGCAUUCAACCAGUUGUGUAAGACAUUACAGGAUGAGAAUCCUGCCUAUGUGUCGGUCCAGCAACAGAAUGGAACGGUUGCACCCAUGCAAGUGUUUUAUCCGAAGCGCAUCGAUCGCGUCGUCCUCUACUUAGGGCUUUUUUCUUGCACGUACAAUAGAAAAAGUCGCUUAUAGAGAACGGGAUCAGACCACUAAAAUUCUCGUCUGAUAAAGCCGCCUAUGUAUAUUAUAAUACAGAUACUUACAUAGCUCCUUCAUGAUCUACUGCAACUUCUAUGUACAAGAACACAUGUUCAUGUUGAAUGUUGUUAAUAGGCUCCUCUAACCUUUCGAGCCUUCCUGCAAGUCUUUGGAGCUGGCGACAUUAAAUUGCACGGCUCUGGUAUUGAAGCGCUGGUGGAAACAGUCAUUUUGUUAUGGCUCGAUAACAGUCAGUAUAAGAAAUCAAUUCCUGGAUCCUCCCAUGACGUUGGCCCUCGAUCGCGCCUCCUGAGAUGACUGUCUAUGCCCUUAAAAACUUUAGAAGACUCCUAUACCCUUUUUCUUAUCUUCAGGUACCCUCACUUUGCUGAGUAGAUUGAAUCUACUAGAUUGCUCACGUCUGCGGCACUUCUUCGUUUGUGAUGGUGUGAGUGCGCAGAUAUUAGCGGCCUCUGUUUGCUUUCUAAUGUUUGCGUUUGCCGACAAGGAUGGUGGUGUGGAUGUGGAAAAAUUCGUGAACGCGUUCUGUGAGCACGAGGUGUACGACCUGGAGCAACUCCAGAAGCGCUUCGAUCGCCAUCGUGAGGUUGGCUUUUUUUAAGGCUAGUAUAUCUAUAUCGGGGUACUUCUUCAUUGCAAAUGAACUAUCCCGUGUGGACUAUGCCGAGGAGUGGUGUCCCCAUUUUUGAUUUGAAGGGAAAAAAAGGGGUAUGCGCGACCCACUCAACCACGGGUAGGGAAAAGCUACCUCUAAUGCUCGGAAGACUACUUCUCUCAGCCACUGAAUAUCACCCUGCCAUGCCUGAAGAUCAAGGAUGAUAGUACCCGCAACAGCGUGGUAGAACCACAGAGGACGCAGAUCGCACUGCCGAGCUAAUAAACCAAGAAGAUUUGAAAGUAGAUGGUGGUGAGUGGUUGGCAAGAAGAAUCUAUAGAAAAAGGGUUUUAGUAGUAGUAGUGGAGGAGUAGAACAAACUGGAACUGCAACAUAGACGUUUACAAUGGAUAUGUUUCUGAAUUUCAAUUUUCUCACCAAUUUAUUAUUAUCGGUGGAGGGGCGAACGCGAAGGAGAAGGUAGACCUAGGCGUAGAAGUAGAUGAAGAUGAGACGAGGGCUACAACCAAGAACAGCAAACAAGGGAUUAGCACUUAUUUUUUUCAUAUAGAAAAUGAAAAAAAAAUUAAUUAUGUCUUAGUUGACGUGGUUGGCGUUCAAUAUUUAAUUGAUUAGCAUUCUCACCAUGCAAAAUUUUGCCGAAACGUUUUGGAGUGGCGCUUCAAUUCCUGCUUGUUUUGUGAUCAAUGAAACGAACUGACGAAGGUGGCCAACAUGGUAGGCACAUGCAGGAAAGAAGAUGUAGAAUACGAAAGAAAGAAAACAAAAGUAGAAGAAGAGAUAGAAGGAGAGAACACGAUUGCAAAGCAUCUACAAAAAGUCUACUGCUCCAAUGGAAGUAUUACAAAAAGUAGACAUUGGGCUUCUGCUCCACUGGAAGUAUUGCA